GUGCAAAUCACGGGUUUCGCAAUCCACUGUUUAUGCCUGAAAACAUGGCGAAUUUACUGGACGUGACAGCUACGCCGGAAUUUGAAGAUUUGCUUAAAAAGACUGGAAAGUCUCUAACAGUCGUACACUUCUUGGCACCAUGGGCGCCUCAGUGCACCCAAAUGAAUGAUGUGCUGGCAGAGUUGGCGAAGGAGCACUCUCAGACAACUUUUGUAAAGCUGGAAGCAGAGGCAGUGCCUGAGGUGUCGGAGAAAUAUGAGAUCAGCUCCGUUCCAACCUUCCUCUUUUUCAAGAGUGGCGAGGUGAUUGACAGGCUAGAUGGCGCGCAUGCCCCCGAGCUGAGCAAGAAGGUGCAGAAGCUGGCGUCGAGCGCGGUGGGGCCCGUGGGGACGGGGAACUCCCCCAAAGAGGACCUUAACGAGCGUCUAAAGAAGCUGAUCAGCGCCGCGCCCUGCAUGCUCUUCAUGAAGGGCUCCCCACAGGAGCCACGCUGUGGCUUUAGCCGUCAGAUUAUCCAGAUCUUCAAAGACCACAGCGUCCAGUUCAGCAGCUUUGACAUCUUGUCCGAUGAGGAGGUGCGGCAGGGUCUGAAGACCUACUCCAACUGGCCCACCUACCCCCAGGUGUAUGUGAGCGGCGAGCUGGUCGGGGGGCUGGACAUCAUCAAGGAACUAGCUGAAUCUGGCGAACUUGACAACACCUUACCCAAGGCUGUGACAUUGGAGCAUCGGUUAAAGGCACUCAUCAACAAACAUUCUGUCAUGCUGUUCAUGAAGGGCAAUAAAAAGGAGGCCAGAUGUGGCUUCAGUCGGCAGACACUUGAGAUAAUGAACGGCGCGGGAGUGGACUACGACACCUUUGAUAUCCUGGGGGAUGAGGAGGUUAGACAAGGACUCAAAACAUAUUCCAACUGGCCAACAUACCCCCAGCUAUACGUGAAAGGUGAACUCAUCGGUGGUCUGGACAUUUUGAAGGAACUUCAAGAGAGCGGUGAGCUGACAUCUGUACUGAAGGGGGAGUGAAUGAUGCCCAAUGCACCUGUCCAUGAGUUUGGGAACAAACAAUCUUUCACAGUGGGGUGGCACAAAUACCUGUUUCAGUCAUGCCAAUAGGUAUCAAUGAUUUCCACUCACAGCUUUCAACUCUUACCUAGCCAAUAUUUGCAUCAGGAGGUGAAUGAGGUGUAAGAUCCUGGUUUUUGUGUGAGAACAGCGCCAAGUUGUUUUGAAGAGUAAGCUACCAAUAUAAUAAAGACGUCCAUGUUACACAUAA